CCAGCUAUUCUCCCUGAUGAAAUUCGCAAAACAUUUUUCGCCAUGGGAUCGAAGCAGGCUCCUGGGUCAGACAAAUUCACGGGGAAAUUCUUCAAAUCCUUCUGGGAUAUUGUGGGAGCCUCAGUGGUUGAGGUAGUUUGUUCCUUCUUUGAGACUAGCAGGAUGCUCCAUAGUUUCAACCAUACUUGGCUCACUCUGAUUCCCAAAGUCGACUCUGUGGAGAAUAUGCGACAAUUGCGGCCAAUCACUCUGAUUACCAAGAUCAUGGCUGAGAGACUUGCGGGUUUUUUACCGCAGAUUGUCUCAGAGGGUCAAAAUGCUUUUAUACGGGACCGACAAAUCAUCGAGAAUAUCCUCCUUGGGCAUGAGUUAAUGCACUAUUUGAAAAUUAAGUCGCGUGGAAAGAAAGGGUUCAUGGCUCUGAAGGUUGACAUGGAAAAAGCCUAUGAUAGAGUUGAAUGGCCCUUUCUGCUUGGUGUCUUCGAAAAAAUGGGGUUUAACUCUACCUGGCGGGGAUGGAUACAAGAAUGCCUUCGGUCCUCGUCUUUCUCCGUUUUAAUGAAUGGCACCCCUUCGGGCUACUUCAAUUCACCCCCUCCAGAGGCCUCCGCCAGGGGGAUCCUCUGUCCCCGCUAUUGUUUGUGCUUUGUACGGAGGGGUUUGUUGCGCUUCUUCGGAAGGCUAUUUCUGAUGAUAAGCUUGGAGGAAUCAAGGUUGCUCCCCGAGUCCCGCGGAUCUCGCAUCUGUUCUUGCUGAUGAUUUGUAUUUGUUCCUGCGUGGGUCUCUCCAAGAAUGCGAGAAUUUAAUCGAGGUCUUGAAUGAGUAUGAGGAGCUUUAGUAGAAACAUUGUUUUGCCCGACCAAGAAUUCCUGGCUGCGGUCUUGGGAGUAGGGGCGGUUGGGGUUCAUGAUAAGUACAUGGGACUGCUUAUGCUGAUUGCUCGGUCUAAGAUGGAGACCUUCCAGUACUUGGAGGAGAAGCUGCUUGAUCGCCUCCAAGGAUAGAAACAAAGGACGCUAUCCUGGGCGGCUAAGGAAACCCUAAUCAAAUCCAUUGCCUUGGCACUACCGUUGCAUGUGAUGUCCUAUUUCAGGCUGCCUUUCUCACUGUGCCGAUUACUGGAUAAACAUGCGGACAAGGAUGUCAUGGAGAAAUAUGUGCCGGAGUAAGCAUGAUGGAGGAAUGGGGUUUCACGGUUUUGAACAUUUCAACCAAGCUCUUUUGGCUAAAAUUGGUUGGCGCCUCCUUCAGGAACCCCAGUCCCUCUUAGCUCAAGUCUAUAAAGGGAAGUACUUUCCCAAUGGAUCCUUCCUAUCAGCUACGACACGAUCUCGUCCCUCGUGGGGGUGGCAGAGUAUUCAGUAUGGCCGUUAGUUGUUAGAAGCAGGGCUACGUUGGCAAAUUGGAAAUGGGAAGUUUGUUCCCCUGCUCCAUUCUAGAUGGAUUCCUCAAUUACAGCUUGAUCCUCCUAGGUAUAACCCCCAGGUCCUGCCAGUUGAGGGGGAGCCGAUGGUGGCAGAGGUGAUCAGCCCGGAAGGGGGCCGGUGGUGUGACUGGAAGUUGAGUCACUGGUUCGACCCUCCUACUUGUAAGGCCAUUAAAGCCAUCCCCCUUCCGCGAUUGCCGGUGGAGGAUAAGCUGAUUUGGCAUAAUACUCCGGAAGGGAUUUUCAUUGUGAAGUCGGCCUAUCAUUUAGCUGUCACCCUUGAUAGAAGGAAGGGUCGUUGGUGGUCAGAGGUUAGCUGGAUGGAUAAGGCGAGUUGGAUCAGGCUCUGGGAGGCUAAUCUGCCCCCUAAAUUGAAGGUGUUUGUUUGGAAAAUACUGAAUCGCAUGAUUCCUACGACGGAAGCCCUCAUUGCCAAAGAUGUUCUAGUUUUACCUAGGUGUCCGGUUUGUUGGGCCGAGUCAGAAACCUUGGAACAUUUAUUCCUCUCCUGUCCGGUGGCUCGGGCGCUCUGGGACUAUUCGGGGCUGGCUUCCCUAGGAGAAGGGUUGCCUUAGCACACCUUUUCCAUGUUUCGUAAGCGGUUAAUGUUUCUGAUUAAUCAGCCAUCCAUUCUCAUGGCGGUUGUUUCUGUCCUUUGGCGAAUAUGGCGUUCUCGAAACUGGGUUGUCUUCGACGGCAAGCAGUUUGGGAUCCCUGCCCUGAUGCGUCAAUACAACCAGCAGUAUGAGGAAUGGGUUGGGCUGCCUGCGGAUCGGAACUCUCGCUCCUAUGCCCUUCCUCCUCCUCAACUGGUUCCGGUGGAGGCUGAUAGGCUGGUUUGCAUGUGGGAUGGGCUACGAGGAGGGGGUGUUACUCAGCUGGGGGGAUUGUUGUUAUGACCCCGGCUAGAGGGGUCCUUAUGGCUGGUGGGGUUCAGUUCCCGGGCAUCGAUGAUCCCAUGGUAGUAGAGGUGUUGGUGCUCCGGGAAGCUAUCAUGUGGUGCCUGAAUCGGGGUUUCAUGGAGGUGUGUUUUGAGGGGGAUGCUAAGGUCAUUAUUAACAAAAUCAACCAUGCGGA